AUGAAAGCUCUUGUUCUAAAUACAUCCCUGAAAAAGGCAAUCGUGGAGGAUGUCGAUCGCCCAAGUCCCGGGCCCAACGAGAUUCUUAUCAAUGUGCGCGCAAUAGCACUAAACCCAGUAGAUGAACUAUACGUUUCGUCACCGAUUGCAGCUCAGGAGAAGAGAAUUGUCGGCACUGACUUUGCUGGCAUCGUUGUUGAAGCUGGAUCUGCGAUUGGUGAUUUCUCUGAUCCAAGAGUCAAAGUCGGGACACGGGUUGCUGGUUUCCUACAGGGCGCGUCAUCUGUGAAUGAUCGUCCUGGAGCCUUUGCAGAGUUCAUAGUCGUGCCUUAUGAUCUCGUAUGGAAGAUCCCUGACAAGCUGACCUUCGAAGAAGCCUCGACCAUCAGCAUGUGCGGCCUGACCGCUGCCCAGGCUCUAUUCGGCCGUCUCGACUUGCCAUCUCCAUUUUCCUCGGAACCGCCAGCGACGUCCGGAGGCGAUGAGAAAAUCACCAACCUCUUCAUUUAUGGAUCAUCGACUUCCGUCGGACUGUAUGCCGCACAGCUCAUCCGUAUCGUUGCCGGGGUAUCUGGAAUGUCUAUUCGACUGAUAGGGGCAGCUAGCUCGUCUAAGCACAGGAUGCUUCGGAACAAACCCUACAGCUAUGACGUACUCGUGGACUAUAGAGAUGAAGACUGGGUUCAAAAGGUGAAAGAUGCGACAAACGGGGACGGCGUCGAUCUUGCGCUAGACUGUAUCUCAGAGGGUCAGACAGUAUACAGUACCCACGAGACUCUGGCACCUUCGGCAAAGUUUGCAGUCAUUCGCGGCCCAGUUGGUGGGCAGUAUGAUCCAGCACUACUAACUGUCAAGCCUACCUAUGGCGCUGUGUGGGAGGGUCUUGGUGUUGAAGUUGGAUAUAAUCACGCAGUUAUACCAGCAAAUCCAGAUGCGCAUGCGUUUGCAAAAGAGUUUUACAACUUCCUGAGUAAGUCACCGCCAUCAGGGAGGGUCCAACUUGAGCCCAAUCCUGUGAGACUGAUGCCUGGAGGCCUUAAGAGAAUAGUACAGGAUGGUUUUCGCCUCCUUGGUACGGGCUUAGUUAGUGAGCGGUCAAGGAUUGAGAGGCCGGAGCAGUACAUGCGCCCAGUUAGUGCUGAGAAAUUGGUUUACUCUCUUUAA